CCACGUGUGGGGUCGCCAGGCCUUUUGUUUCCAACGCACUGUGUCUUUAAGAUCAAGGCUGGAACCCAGGCGGUGCAGGGACCCGACCCACCGCCUCGCCAGGGCUCCCGAACGCAGCAUUAGAAUGUUUAUAAAAUAUUCAAUUUAUGCAGUCUGUCCAAGAAGCCAUCGUCCCAAAAUAAAAUCAGCAGUCUAGACGGAACACAGACACCAAACUUAUCAACAGUUGUCUGACUUGCCUCUUCUGAUGCAUCUUGAGUGGGUCAUAAUACCAACUUUAUUUUCAGUGGUGCAUAAAUUAAUUACACGCAUUUAAUAACCAAAAUAUCAUUAUAUUCCCCCUUUAAUAUCAUAAAGGCUUUCCGCCAGGGAAGCACUUAAUAGUGCAGGGGGCCGUAACGGGCUAUUAUCCUGGUGUAAUGCUAUUACAGAACCAAUUAUGCGCCAUUAGACUUGCUUUUUUUGCAGUUUAUGUGAUUUGAUCCAAUCCCGCGCCCCUGACUUGAAAAUUUCAGCCCGGUACUUUAGAGUUUAAUUUUCACCCAGGCAGAGGGAAGGGCGGUCUCUCUCCGCUGAGUGUCUGCCUCGAAUGCAUUUUAAAAGUAAUUGCGAAGGGGUCCCACCGCAUAUCAUUUGCAUGGAGAAGCGAACAUAAAUUCAGGGACCCCUUGCUGAGAACAAAAUCAAACUUUCCUUUUGUACGGGCGCUUGGAAAGGGAAGCCGUGUGCAGAGUCCCCCCAAAAACCCAUCCGGCGGCUACAAUUAGCAGCGCUUUGUCAAUUCGCAGCCCGGGAGUCGCCAGGCCUGACAAGGGCGAGCCCAUAUCCAAGCUUUUCACGGAGAAAGAAGCCAGGCCGGAGCUACGCGCCCCUUGUCUGUCCAGCGGUUACUCUCCCCGGGCCCCGCCGUCCAGCUGAUCCGGUCGUCGGCGAUGUUUUAUUUCCACUGUCCGCCACAGCUAGAGGGCACUGCACCCUUUGGCAACCACUCUCCAGGAGAUUUCGAUGAUGGGUUUCUGCGCAGAAAACAGCGCCGGAACCGGACGACAUUUACUCUUCAGCAGCUGGAAGCUCUUGAGGCAGUUUUUGCCCAAACACACUACCCUGAUGUCUUCACCAGAGAAGAGCUGGCCAUGAAAAUAAACCUCACAGAAGCCAGAGUGCAGGUUUGGUUCCAGAACCGAAGGGCCAAAUGGAGGAAAACAGAGAGAGGAGCUUCCGACCAAGAGCCAGGAGCCAAGGAGCCCAUGGCAGAGGUGACACCCCCGCCUGUGCGAAACAUCAACUCCCCGCCCCCCGGGGACCAGGCCCGGAGCAAGAAAGAGGUCCUGGAAGCCCAACAGAGCAGCCUGGGGAGAACUGUGGGUCCCACAGGACCCUUCUUCCCCUCUUGCUUGCCGGGGACCCUCCUGAAUACGGCCACGUAUGCCCAGGCUCUGUCACACGUUGCCUCUCUGAAAGGGGGCCCACUGUGCUCUUGCUGUGUCCCAGACCCCAUGGGGCUGUCGUUCCUCCCCACCUACGGCUGCCAGAGUAACCGCACGGCCAGCGUGGCCGCCCUGCGCAUGAAGGCUCGCGAGCACUCGGAGGCCGUCCUGCAGUCCGCCAACCUCCUGCCCUCGGCCAGCAGCAGCCCCAGCCCUGUGGCCAAGCCGGCGCCCCCCGAUGGCAGCCAGGACAAGAACCCUCCCGCCAAGGAACAGAGCGAGGGAGACAAGAGUGUAUGAGGGUCCGGAGUGUCCAGGCCCGAGGCGCCCUCCCCUGCCCCCUGCUUCUCCCAGCCUCAGCCCCUGUGGAAAACUCCCCAAAAAGCAAAGGGAAGAUUGCGGCCCAGGGCCUCCUCACGGACUCAGGAAGGGAAGUGAGACCCACGGCUUCCUCGACAUCUGGAGAGUGCUUCUGGAGUCCUACCGACGGGGCUGUGUUGUCCUGGCUUCUUUGGUGACAAGUCCGGAUGGAACUCGUGGGCACCAGAGCCCAUUCUGUGGUGAGACCGUUGGGGUUUCCAUCUGGGCCCAGAAGUCUUGGAGGGGAGUAGAGUUACUCACCCCCUCACCUUCCUGACCCUUUCCUGGGCUGCCUUUGAAGGUCUUACCAACCCAAAGAACUGCGGCAUGGGCCAUCCUUGAGAGACAUCCAGGGCUGAGUCUUGCGCUCCGAAGCGGGGCCGUGCCGUUACAUUACGCACCAACCGACUCUCAACUGCCCACCAUCAAGACUAGCAGCCAUCACCCCCUUCCUCUUAUUGGAGGAUAUUGGUUGUAGGCUGGGUUAGGUUAGAAGGUGAGCUGUAGGGUGAGGACAGGCUGGCACAGCCAGGCCUGGGGGUGCCCACUGGGCACUUCCGGCAAGGGCAGCUGGGCCAGUCAGACAGGCCACGGGCUCCGUGAGCCGGGGCCACCAUCGUGACACUCCAGGCACCGGCCAGUGUGGGCCCUGUCUCUCUGGACCCGACCUCUAGGUUGAUGGGAAGCUGACCAGCGACAAGCAGUACUCUGAU